CGGAAGUGCCGAAGUCCUUCUAAUCAAGGCGAGGAUGGCGCUUGCGAGCGGGCAGCUUUUCCGACGGCUCGGGGCGCUUAGCGGGGCUGCGGCCGUCGGGGCGGCCGCCUACGGGGCUCACGGUUUCCGCCGCAGUGACCGAGAUGAGUACCUGAAAGAGCUCUACGAAACGGCCAACAAGUACCACUUCCUCCACAGCCUGGCGCUCCUGGCCGUCCCACACUGCCGGUACCCCAUGGUGGCUGGGACCGUCCUGUCCACCGGGAUGGGGAUGUUUUGUGGGGCCUUCUAUUACCACGCCAUCACGGGAGACUCCACAUUCACCAAAGUGGCACCCUACGGCGGAAGCCUCCUCAUCCUGGGCUGGAUCGCGAUGGCUCCCUGACACCCACACACACACACACACAUACACGGUGAAGGGGGGGGGACGUCUGGGGUCUUCCUUUUGCCUGCUGGGGACCCAACGGGGACCAGGACUGCCGCAGAGUAAUUUUGCUCCCUGUCGAAGGAGGGGAAGAGAGGUGGCCAGGCCCUGCAGGAGCUGCCAGCCCUGUUUUUUAUCCCUUGUGUUUGGAAUCCUCUCUUUGGGCUUUGAAUUGAUUUUUUUAAAAAAAUAAUCAAAAACUAGUUUUAUUGAUGUUGUAGUGAGGGCAGGAUCAUGUUGGACCGUCUGCGUAGACCAAGAAUAGGAUGAGGACCAUUGAUUUGACCCCUGCGUAGAACUGCUUUAAUAAAUGAAUGUGAUCUGGUUUCUUUCUGCGGACUGGCAUUGCUCACGAGGAAGAC